AUGCCCGAGCAUCUCGCGCACGUGUGCCCUGUUCGCGCAUUGUGCGAAUGGCUGCACGUCUCGCAGAUCAAGAGCAGAUAUUUAUUUCGCAGAUUUUCUCCGGGCGACCGCGUCGUCUCAGAGGGCGACCGUCCCUUGUCGUCCGACGCGUUUUUGGAGAUGUUUCGCAACAACCUCCUCGAUAUUGGCAUUGACCCCACACCAUACGGCACUCAUUCCUUCCGCCGCGGAGGCUGUCAGUUCUAUGUCGUCGAUCGUUGCUGGAAUCUCAGGAAGAUUUGCGAGUGGGGUGGAUGGAGUCGAGAGUUCUCAAACCUCACUAUCGUCAAGUACAUCAUUAACUGGAACGACGACCCCCUAGACGCACGCGAGGACUUUCUCAAUCCAAACAAGAAACUUACCACCAAGUGCUACCAAUGUGGCCGUUUGUGUACUUGUUCUUGA